UAAGAGGUUGAGUCUGAAGUAGUUGCGCUAAAUUUCAUUCUUUUUACUAUUUUUCGUGCUGAAACUCAGAAAGAUGAGUUCCCCAUCGAAGAGGAAUGGUUACAGCUUUGAAUCAAGAGAUACAGUAUCAUGUGUAGAAUUUUCAGCCUUCGAACACUCAUCUUCUCUCAUUGCAUUCGGGGGAGAUCUUCGAGUUAGCAUUGGGACAUGCAGGUUUCAGGAGCAAGACAACUCCCUUACUGGAUGUGACUACCAACAUAUUCGGGACUUCCAUCAUCGAACCAGAGUAAUGAGCAUAGCGUGGAGUCCACAAACAGCAUUGGAUGUCCUACCUCGGUGUAUUAGGUUUUGCACAGCUGGCAUAGAUCAUAAGAUAAGAAUAUUCACAUCUGACCUAAAAGACCAAGACACUGUCAAGGUUAUCCGAGGUCACCAAGACUUCAUCAACUCUCUAACCUUUGAACCCAUCAAAGGAGAAUUGAUCGCGAGUGUAAGCGACGAUCAGACCUGUAGACUCUGGGAUCACGAUGGUCGACAGAGGGCGCUGUUUCCUCUGAAGUCUGCGGGCAUGUCUGUCUGCUGGAACCAGAGUGACCCCAAUAAGCUAAUGGUUGCUGAGAAGGGCGGAACUCUACGCUUCUAUGACCUAGUGAGUGAGCAACCGUUCAUGUCCUUGGAGACCGGUAGACCAGGUCUCAUGUGUGCAGACUGGAGCCUCUGUGAUCCUACCAGGGUUGGGGCUAUUGUCAGUGGAGAGUGGAUGGUGUGGGACAUCACAAGAUCAAGUCAAGCUCAAGAUUCUGAGUUGGCUCACGGCGAAGGAGGCAAAGAGUUCAGAUGGUGCAGAUCUAGCCCUAACCUGUUUGCUACUACAGGGCGUCCCAACAAUGAAGCCAAAGUCUACCACUUAGGGCAUCAUCAGGUCCCUGUCACUGAGAGCCUGCCAGUGCUAGGAGGUUUGUCCUGGCAUGCAUUCUUACCUAUCUGCGCUGUCGGGGGUGACAGGAGGGUCCACCUGUUUCCAGCCGAACCUUGAUCACCAAAUGGUCUCCAAAGACUUCUGGACAAACAGUCAAGGAUCAAGAACUCUCAUUUGGAAGAUCUCCAAUGUCUUUCCCACGUCGGUUGGGCACCAGCAAAAUAUAAGAACCUCAUUAUCAUAAUCUCAUUGGAUAACGAGAAGCAUCAUCAUUGGCGUAAUGAGGAAAAAACUAAAGGAAGCUGAGUUUUCGAGAGGAUGGAAUAUUUUUGAAAAUUUGCGGACAGGCAAGAGUGAGCCCUAAAUCAACAAUUUCUCAGAAGUCUUCAAUGCUCUCAUAUACAUGUAUAGAUUCCAUGUAUGUUAAGUAAACGCAGGUAGAUAUGCUUUUAAUUUAGGUAGAAAUUAUGAUAUUGAGAAAAUAAGUACAUGUACAAUUGUUUACCUAAAACUUCUAUUUUUUUGGGUGAAUUUUUGGGGUAUCCAGCCUUUACCAAUGCACUAUAUGCCAAUUAUUACAUUUCUGUAAUCAGCAGUGUUUACACUGCUGACAGUGUAAAAAAAAAUUUACAGCAGUGUUCUGUAAUCAGCAGUGCAUAGUCUCAUCUCCAAUCCACCAUCAUAUCCCGUCUGGAAACGUAUGUCUAAAUACAAAGUGCUUCAUGCUGUAAGACAACUCACUCUACAAGGAAUCUGUUGUAAAUCUUCACUCAGGCUCUGGAUAGACAAGGUCCCACCUUCUGCUAACCUCCUAUAUCCUAAGUACUCUAUAUCACCUACAAUUCGUCACGCAAUUAUAGUUAGAGCCCAACUACUGUCCUGUUCGUACCUAACUCAAAGUCGUCUAUACACUUUGAAGAAAUCCUCUACUCGUAUCUGCCCCUUAUGCAACUCUGCGGAUGAAACAGUGGAGCAUUUUGUUGCAGCCUGUCCAAAUCUCAACCAUCUACGUGUGGAUUUUGUCAACAAAGCUAAGGAGUGCCUAGUAGACCACACAUACUGUCACAACCUCUAUGACAGUGAUGACCCCCACCAACUUACUUGUGCCACCUUAUUAUCUUACCAUCCUUGCUUGUCAUCUGAAGUUCACAAUAGCUUACUCCUACUAUCCCUCUUUUUUCUCCACAAAAUCCAUACCUCCCGCUCUACGUCUCUUGAAAUAACCUAAAACGGAUCUGUGAUUAUAUACAGUUACAUUCUAUCUGGACUCCAGGAAUCUCCAAAGAAGUGGAGGGAUCAGUUAAGAGAGAGAGAGAGAGUUUGGUGUCCUUAAGUUGGGAGUUUAGGAUACCGAUAUGCUUGGAUAGGCCCAUACAAUCAUCACAAUUUGUAUAAUGUUCCACACUCUUUUUUUUUCCAUUUUCACUUCACUCCAUGACCUACUCAAUCCAUGAUGAAUUGAGAGCAUGAUAUCAUUCCAUAUAAACAGGGAUUUUACUUCUCAGACUGAUGUCUGAAUUCAAACUUUUUUUUUGGCCAUGGAAAACAUCUCUUUUAUGUAGGAAAGGGGUCAUUCUAGAUGAUUUUCUGACAUUUUAUCAAGCCUUGAGUGGCAUCCCUGCCUAGAAAUCAGAUGGCCACAUUUUGCCGGCCUUGACCUGGGGCCGAGUCAUGUUUACAAUGUCUAUGAGAGAAACUAUUAUCCAGCAGCCUCACGACUCUAACAUCUUGGUCUUGACCCUUCCGUGGCUUGCUACUAAGACUGAACUGCACCACUGGAUGUAGAAAGUGGUGGGUGAGACGGGGGCCUCCGAAUGGUGUUGAAAGGGGAGGGGGGGGGGGCUGACCAAGUAAUUAAUUACAGAUGGUAAUUUUACGUUUUUGUACACUGUCUGAGAAAAAAGUGGGGGCGGCUUCCCCCCCCCCUUGUCCCCUGAAAGUAGGAGGGGUUGGAUGGAGGAGACACCAUGCAAUGUCCGACAUUUUCUCCACAAAUUUGUGUUUUGCCUGAUUUGUAUAAACUGACUUACACGUUUGUUUAUAAGACUACAUUAUUUUGUGGACAAAUUUUAUUUCAUUGCCAUCAUGAAGAUGUAUGCUCAAGAUGUAUUUUCUUAAAUGACUUUUCAAGAUUCAUUUUUCUAUCCAGCAUAGAAAAUGUUUUCUUUAAAUUGUCUGCAGUAGGCGAGGCUUAUCAUUAAAUGAUAUAUGUCAACAAGA